CCCGGAGCUGGGACGGAAGUCGCACAAGUACAAUUAGUUUCAGUUUUGUUUCUCUUUCAGGCACUGGGGAACAGCGGCGUUCAGGCCUCGGACCCCCACUCCUGGUCUUGGAGCCCAAGGUCAGCUCAGUCCAGCACUGACUUUUUCACAUUUGCUGAAUGUACGCAAGGAGGAGGGCAGCUUGCUAGCUCAAGAGCCAGUAGCCAGAGUCUCCAGAAGACCAGAAGAAAAUUCCUGGCCACUCAGCAUGGUGUCCCAGGCAUCCUCACCCUCCCUGCUGGAGGCCCUGAGCAGCGACUUCCUGGCCUGCAAAAUCUGCCUGGAGCAGCUUCGGGCGCCCAAAACCUUGCCCUGCCUGCACACCUACUGCCAGGACUGCCUGGCCCAGCUGGCUGAGGGUGGCCACCUCCGAUGCCCUGAGUGCCGAGAGACCGUGCCUGUGCCGCCAGCAGGCGUGGCUGCCUUCAAGACCAACUUCUUUGUCAACGGGCUCCUGGAUUUGGUGAGGGCCCGGGCUGGUGGAGACCUGCGCGCAGGCAAGCCAGCCUGUGCCCUGUGCCCCCUGAUGGGGGGCACCAGUGCUGGGGGGCCAGCCACAGCCAGGUGCCUGGACUGUGCCGAUGACUUGUGCCAGGCCUGUGCCGACGGGCACCGCUGCACCCGGCAGACUCACACCCACCGAGUGGUGGACCUGGUGGGCUACAGGGCAGGGUGGUAUGAUGAGGAGGCCCGGGAGCGCCAGGCGGCCCAGUGUCCUCAGCACCCAGGGGAGGCCUUGCGCUUUCUUUGCCAGCCCUGCUCCCAGCUGUUGUGCCGAGAGUGCCGUUUGGACCCCCACCUGGACCACCCCUGCAUGCCCCUGGCUGAGGCUGUGCGUGCCCGGAGGCCAGGCCUUGAGGAGCUACUGGCAGGUGUGGAUAAGAACCUGGCUGAGUUGGAGGCCGCCCGGAUGGUGGAAAAGGAAGCCUUGGCCCAGCUGCGGGAGCAGGCUGCCAGGGUGGGGACACAGGUGGAGGAGGCCGCCGAGGGGGUCCUCCGGGCCCUCCUGGCCCAGAAGAAGGAGGUGCUGGUGCAGCUACGGGCCCAUGUGGAGGCUGCUGAGGAGGCUGCUCGGGAAAGACUGGGGGAGCUAGAGAGCCGGGAGCAGGUGGCCAGGGCAGCGGCUGCCUUUGCCCGUCGGGUGCUCAGCUUGGGUCGUGAAGCUGAGAUACUGUCGCUGGAGGGGGCCAUUGCCCAGAGGCUCCGGCAGCUGCAGGAUUGUCCCUGGAUGCCUGGACCAGUCCCCUGUCUGCUGCCCCAGCUGGAGCUUUAUCCUGGACUCCUGGAUAAGAACUGCCACCUGCUAUGGCUCUCCUUUGAGAAGCAGCAGCCCCAGAAGGACAGUGGGAAAGAUGGAGCUGGAAGGCAGGGAGGUGAGGAAACUGAGAACCAGAGAGAGGAUGAAGCCAAGACAGAGAGACAAAGUGGAGCCCAGCCCCAGAGUAAAGGUGGAGCCCAGACUCCAAAGGAGGACAGAGCCCAGAUGCCCCAGGAAGAUGGAGCCCAGACCCCAAAGGUGGAGAGAGCGCAGACCCCGAAAGAGGACAGAGCCCAGACGCCCCAAGAAGAUGUAGAAGCCCAGACCCAAAGGGGCAGCAGAUCCAACAAGAAAAGGAAGUUCAAAGGCAGGUUCAAGUCAGUUUCCCGGGAGCCCAGCCCAGCACCUGGGCCAAACUUGGAGGGCUCUGGCCUCCUCCCCAGGCCCAUAUUUUCCUGCAGCUUCCCCACACGGAUGCCUGGAGACAAGCGGUCUCCCCGGAUCACUGGGCUCUGUCCCUUUGGUCCCCGGGAGAUCCUGGUGGCAGAUGAGCAAAACAGGGCUCUGAAGCGCUUCUCCCUCAAUGGUGACUACAAGGGCACAGUGCCAGUCCCUGAGGGCUGCUCCCCAUGUAGUGUGGCUGCCCUGCAGGGCGCAGUGGCCUUCUCGGCUGGUGCGCGUCUCUAUCUCAUUAGCCCCGAUGGUGAGGUGCAGUGGCGCCGGGCCCUGAGCCUCUCCCAGGCCAGCCACGCCGUGGCUGCCAUGCCGAGCGGGGACCGGGUGGCUGUCAGCGUGUCAGGCCACGUGGAGGUGUACAACAUGGAAGGCAGCCUGGCCACCAGGUUUAUCCCUGGGGGCAAGGCCAACCGGGGCCUGCGGGCACUGGUGUUUCUGACCACUAGCCCUCAGGGCAAUUUUGUGGGGUCUGAUUGGCAGCAGAAUAGUGUGGUGGUCUGUGACGGGCUGGGUCAGGUGAUCGGGGAGUACGGGGGGCCAGGCCUGCACGGCUGCCAGCCUGGCUCCGUGUCUGUGGAUAAGAAGGGCUACAUCUUUCUGACCCUUCGUGAGGUCAACAAGGUGGUGAUCUUGGACCCGAAGGGGUCACUGCUCGGAGACUUCCUGACAGCCUAUCACGGCCUGGAAAAGCCCCGUGUGACCACCAUAGUGGAUGGCCGGUACCUCGUCGUGUCCCUCAGUAACGGGACCAUCCACAUUUUUCGGGUCCGCUCUCCUGACAGUUAA